AAUGAUGGAGAGGAUAAGGAAAGAGAUGAUAUUGAUGGAGAGAGGUCUGCACAGUCCUGUUGCAGCUAAGAGGCUCGCAGACACGCCUGGAAAUUCAGUGCUGGAGGCCCUGGAAAACUCUCAGCACAGCGGACGGUUAAGCCCCAGAAUAACUUCGGCUUCCCUCCAUGGAAAUCUUGGGGACAUCCCGACCAAAGGCAAAUUUGAAAUUGACAGUCUUUUCGGUUCUCACCACAACAGCGAGAAUACCUCUUCGACGGAAAUUUCUUCGUCAGAAAGCAGGAAGAAAAUGAGCCUUUACUCCGAAGUUUCGCCAGAUUCAGACAUUAACAGCGAUGUUGAGGUGGGAUGCCCUUCGCAUCGAUCCCCGAGCCAGCACAAGGAAAACAACAAAGGUUUUUCAGAUUCUGGAUCUUCCAACAUAAGCUCGAACUCCCUGCAGAAUAUGAACGGUAAUUCAUCGGGAGGAUCGAACAAUUCAAAUAGCGACCAAGUGAGAAGAUAUCGGACUGCUUUCACCAGAGAACAGAUCGGGAGACUGGAAAAAGAGUUUUACAGGGAAAAUUACGUUUCGAGACCAAGAAGAUGCGAGUUAGCCGCAGCGUUGAAUCUGCCCGAGACUACAAUUAAGGUGUGGUUCCAGAACAGGCGGAUGAAGGAUAAAAGGCAGCGCCUGGCGAUGUCAUGGCCCCAUCCCGCAGACCCCAGCUUCUACACCUACAUGAUGACGCACGCGGCAGCCACAGGGAGUCUACCUUACCCGUUCCACUCGCACAUGCCUCUCCACUACUACCCGCACGUCGGCGUCACGGCGGCGGCCGCCGCCGCAGCCGCCGCCUCCGGCGCGGCCUCUUCGCCUUUCGCCUCCUCCAUCCGGCCCCUCGACACCUUCCGGGCGCUCUCGCACCCAUACUCGCGGCCAGAGCUUCUGUGCAGCUUCAGGCACCCGGGACUCUACCAGUCGCCCGCCGGCCUGAAUAGUUCGGCGGCGGCAUCGGCCGCGGCGGCUGCUGCCGCGGCGGCGGCGGCCAGCGCGCCGUCGGCCUCCGGGCCCUGCUCGUGUCUCAGCUGCCACAGCAGCCAGGCGGCGAGCGCGCUCGGCUCCAGGAGUGCGAGCGCGGACUUUACCUGCACAGCUUCCGGGCAAAGGUCCGAGAGUGGAUUUCUGCCGUAUUCCGCCGCGGUGCUCAGCAAGACCUCGGUCCCGUCACCAGACCCACGAGAAGAAACCCCACUUAACAGAUAACUCGUCACGCGGCCCCUGAACGACUGUUUCGUAUUGUUUCAAAAUCACACUUGUGUAGAGAAAUCGCCAGCAUUGUAAACAGAAUACACACGUUUCGAUUCAUUUCUACAAGUCCGAAUAGCUAAUUAUGACGAAAAACACAUCUAAAGUAUCGCAACGAAACGACCUUUUAUAAAAGCUAGUGCUCUUGUGUUGUGAUUUUCAUGCUGGAUUAAUUUAUACAUAUUUGGAAAAAUAACAAACCAUACCAUUCAGUCCCAUGCCUCAACCAGUGUGCCAUUUUUAUGAAUUUAAGGCUAUUCAUUCCUAGAAACUGACACAUAAUCCUGGGCCUAUUUCUGCGGCUCAGGGGGUAAUAUUUGGCGUGAACAAGACAUCUCAAAUCUGGGUUUUUUUAAAGAUUCCAACGUAAGCUAAUUAUGCUUGCUAUAUUUAGAUGGCAGAAGGUGCUACUCCUCUGCCCAGCAGCAUAUAAUUCUCAUAGGCCUAAUGGACUGAGCUUUUCUUUUGUUGGCAUCCAGCCUCUCCACUGUGGGGACCCCUCUAAUCAGCUAGAAGGGCGCAUAUCCUUUUUUUUUUUUUUUUUUUUGCACCGCGUCUUUCGUGUCAACUUUUAUGUUAAUAGUGAGAGGAUCAUGACAAAAAUGGCCAAUCAUGCACCUAGAUGGGGCUCCUUUGAAUACACGACUGCAAGAAAGUUCCUCUUUCGGAGACCCGUUGCCAAGUGCUAACAACCCGCGCAGGGAAGUCAUUAGACGUCCAAAACACCCGGAACAAAGCGACAGUCCUCCCACGCAGAUGGACUGAAUACAAUGUGUUACGUUACACGUGCAGGGUUAUCAAGAUGUGACGAAGCAGCCUACGAGGAGACCCUCAGAAUGAGUUUGGUGAGGAUGAGAAAUACCGGGACAUAGAGUAGAAUCGCUUUUGUUUACAUCGGGGCACCUCAUUACAUCAAAUCCAGCGGUGUGAUCCCUUUAGGACCUCUUCACUCAGUACACACAGGGACGGGACUGAGCAAGGCGGAAGUUUAGACUAAAUUGUCUGGCUUUACAAUCUGUCUGCGCCUGUAAAAAUGGCUAUGUGCUAUUUUAUUCGUUCCUGUUGGGAAAUCACCUAUAUGUUAAUUAUAAAACAUGUGAACUGUAAAUCGUGAAAUAUUUUGCAAAUAUCAUGAAUAGUCCUACUGAUAGUUGAUAAAUGAAUUAUUGAUCACCCUGGAAAAUGCUUCAUGAGAUGUGGAUGGUAGGCUUGUUUUUUUUUUAUUCUUUAUUUUGUGUGACUUGCUGAAUGUUUUUCAAUGUUUAAACACUGGAUGUACAAGCCAACACGAGCAUCGCAUAGCCUACAAAUUGGCCUGUAAACUCACCAAUGUUCCAAGUGUGUGAUCUGUUAGCUAUUUCGGGCAAAAAAAGUAAGACUGAAUCAUGGAGGACAUUUCUUUACGGUCCACUCAAAAGAAGCUUCAAAGGGCUGAUAAACGACCACUGAUAUUAAAAUGAUGAAAACUAGUAUUGGCACUUUUCCCCGGGGUCUCUGUUAUAACUCUAUAUCGCUGUAUUUAAAAUAACAAUGACUGUAUGAAUUUAAAUAUUUUAACUUGAAAAAAAAAUGUGCAAUAUGAAAUGUAA